AAGGAAAGUUGGGAUGCAAAUAUAACAAGGACAACAAAGUCAUUUACUACCUACCGAAACAGGGCACGGACCGCACACCCAGACUUAAAAUGGAGCUGGAGGCCUGGAAGAUAGCCAUCACAGAUGUGGCUUUGGACGCCAUUGGCGGUACCAAUGGAGCUUCUUGGAAUGACCUUUCGAACUUCAUGGCCGUCCAUUACGAACUGGGAGAUUUGAACAUUGAAAACGAUAAAGAGUGGAUCAAAAACGCCGUUGAAGCUCUGAUCGCGGAGAAUGCACUGCAUAUUAAUAAGGACGGCCGAGUGGACUUCAAACCGUAUAACCCGCCGGCGAAAGAGUCUGAGUGAAUGGGACGAGUGUAAUAUGCAGCGAGUAAUGAACCCUGCAUAUUACAUAAAAAGCAUAAAACAGUUAAAAACGAAUGAGAAAAGUUUUACGGAAAAAUGAAAGUGAAAAGUCAAUUCGAUUGAUAAGACUAAUAGAAAAGGUCACAGUAGUCAGAAAGUACUGAUAACGUGAGAAAGGUCACCACGUUACAGUGAUAGAGAGGGCAGCAGGAGCUAGGAAAGUCUCAGCUCAGUAACGGAAUAGGCGUAAAAAUGAUAGAGAAGCCUUGAUAAUGGAUAAGAUGGAAAGAUUAACGUGGAAAGGUUAUUAUGAUGGAUUGUUUUAUGAUUGCAGAUUUAACAGAGGAAAUGGCACAGAAAGGUCAAGCCAAUCGGCGGAACCAGGGGACACUUCAAAUGGAUGUCGAUCAGUCUACGGGCUAUAACCCAAAGUGUCCGGACUGUUUAAGGAAUAACAGAAAAGUUUGACAAGAAGUUCCCGUGCUACACAUGUGUUCACAAGUUGGGGGACCCACACAUCGUCUCACUCGUGGGACUUAUGGAAGCUAAACGCGGGAACAUGGAUGUCUUUCGGAACCUCAUCAGCGCGAGGAAUUACGGCAGCAUCCCAGUUGAAGAACGAAUGCUACUGGAGGAUCGUUACCGUGAAGCGAUCCAGAAUAACGAAAGCGGCUGGGACGAGACUUUGGAGCCGUUGAAAUGCCCACAAACGGACGCAUACCGGAAGAAAUUUGAAGAGGAUCAGGAAAAGAUGCGUCGGCAACAGCUGGAGGACGAACUCCGGGCAAAGAUUAAUGCGGCGAAUCAAAAGGCGAGCGAACAGGCCGCAAGAGAGGUGAGGCCAAAACCCUCGAGUUCAACUGUACCGACAGCCAGCCUCAACGAAGAAGAAGCGCAACUUACACGUCAGUCUCUUAUCAUCCAGAUUGACACGCUGACGAGUGAUCCGGCCGCUAUGCAACAGGAACUAUUUGAUGCGCUGUUACGGGAGAAAUGGAGACUACAGAAGGGUUUCGCCCCAGCACCGUACAUAAAGAAGGCAAUUGAAGAGCGUAUGGAAGACCUGCGCAAAUCCCGCCAGAACGAGAGUAAUGUUCUACAGGCGCUCAGAGGAUUCAGACGAGAUGACGUGUUCACACGGCCCCGUUCCCCUCCGCAUAGAGAAAGGUCACGCGGACAUUCAAGGGAACACGAGCGCAUCUCUGAAAGACGGAGUGAAAGGUCACGCGAACGUGAAAGGACACGGGAUUACCGCAGCGAAAGGUCACGCGAACGUUCCCGUGAUCGCGAUUACCGUGGCGGAAGAGGAUGGGUGCGCCAUGGAAACGAGAUAACCGAGACAAGUAUUCAGCGGAAAAUCGAUACGGCAAAGAUCUUGGCCGCGACAAGAGGACGUGAAGAGCAACGGCGUGCGGAGACUUACCGUACAGAGCCUGAAAAGAAAGGUCAUCAGGUGCCGUUGGAAGUUGGCUUCCGUAACCGUAAUGUUAGGAUGUCAACACCUGAGAGGUCGUGGGAUAAAAGGCGCGAACACACGCGAAAUCGAACGCCAGACCCACAGGAUAAACGAUGGCAGGAAAGAGCCAGGUAUUAUGCGGGUUUCGAAUCUGGCGCGAGCAAAAGGUCAUCGAGCGCAGAACGGGAAGAUUCACCCCCGAAGUAUCAGCGGAUGGAAUCGACAGUCCAUGUAGUGAAUCCCAUCGUGAGUGCGGUACAGGAAGAUGACACGAUGGAAGGGCCCGGCUCAGUCGCAGAGGCGCCUGCGGCGCAAGAAGAUGAUAUGAUGGAAGGGCUCGGUUCAGCCGCAGAAGCGUCCCAAGAUAACGUGGUACACCGAAGAAAUGUGGUCCUGGACAGUGACCCCCAACCAUCCACAUCGACGGGUAUUGAACCGCCGCAGAGCAGACGACGCGAACAAGAAAGUCUGCGCGAACCGGAUGAACGUCGCGAAGUCGGACGGCGAACGACUUCCAGAUUCAAUAAUCGACACCCCGACACAAUCGACAUGAUAUACGAAAUGCGCGACACCGACGAACAAAAGACGGAAAUUUGCCGAUACAUGGGAAUUGACGAUGAUUCGGCCGAUGCGAAUAAGAUCCACACAAUUUUGAAUCAGCUGCGUCAUUUUUUACUCGAUUCGGGCUAUGCGAAAGAAAUUAAAGAGGGAGUGGAACAAGGGAUUUUCCGUCAAUUAUACAUUCCCCGCGACUCAGCAAGGGAUUGUUACCUCAUUAUCCGACGAAACGGACUACAUAGCCUAUUGGAUUUGAAUUUGUUGGACGUGCCACUGGACACGACUGACCCAAUCGGGAUGACACAAUUCUGUUACAGAGAUUAUCCCGAACGACAAGAAUAUGUCGCUCAGUUUGUAUUACGAUACGUGAAUCCAGCCUUCAAGUUGCUUGCAGCAAGAGCAUCGAUCGGGUUACAAGUGGAUCCUAAAGAUCAUGCCGCAAGAAGGAUGGGGCAAAAGGUUUUCGCUGCAAGAUUGGCACAUUAUAAGACCCAUAACCAAUUGGUGUCCAAUACCAUGAAGGACGACAUCCCACUACUCUUCCGACCUCACGUGGCGAAAUUGGGCGAACCCAUGGAACAUGUUGGAAUAGCCCAUACGGCAAGAAAGGCGUUGAAAAAAGUGCAAGAUACGAAUGGAAAAAGGCAAUCUUACACAACGCCAUGCCUCCCAGGUAGAAGAGAGGGUAAAUAAGAUCAAAGACACCAUGGGAAGUGACUACGUCGACCCCUUCGACGGAGUUGAAAUGUAUAUCGACGAAUUCCUUGUGAAGAAAAGCGAUCGGCGCCCAGAACGCGCCCCUAACCAGCUUGGACGACGUGGUCUACGGAACCAGCAGCUCCGGGAAAAUCUCGCCGAUGUACAGCGUCGACUAGCGGAUGACCCCGACAAUCGAAGACUGCGAUUGGAAGAAAAUGACGCACGCCAUCGGGUAGAGGCGGUUAAACGCAGUCGCCAAGGGAAAGGUCGCGGUCAGCGAGAAGUUGACCCGGAAAAGGUCAUGGCAGUUGAUUCCACAGAACCAGUUGACCGAACGUCUGACCGUAACCAACCAGAAAGUUCUAAGAAGCGCCCGCCAAGAGAUGGCGAGGAGGACGAUUCAAAUGAAAUGGAAUAGUGUUGAUCGUUAGGAUCACACUAUUAAAAGGGCGUCUACGGCAAUUGUCGCGUUUAUAGCACAGAACCGCAAAAGGAUAAAGAAAUCAUGUGGAGCAGCGAUUGGGGUUUAAAUUGAUUCGGUCUAUAAAGCCGGCCCCAAGGGAGUUGCUACGGCAAUCAGCCGGCUCUCCUCCUGAAGCGAUUCAGUGUUAUAAAUUUGCAAGAGAAACUACGGUAAUCAAGCCGGAUCUCUUGAAUACGAAAGUGGGCCACAAGCGGCGAAAAAGAGAAAGACAACAGGUGGAAAUAUUAAUGAGGUAAAUUUGAUGCGGCAGUCAGCCGGCCUCAUUAGAGUUGCUACGGUAAAUUUUGCCGGCAAUCUCUCCGAGCGACUCAGUGUUGAAAAUCAACGAGAGAGAUAGCGGUAACCAAGCCGGAUCUCUCGUACCGAAGCUGGGCCACAAGCGGCGAACAAGAGUAAAAGAAUUAAUGUGGAAGCGUCAUGGGGUAAAUUUAAUGCGGUAGUUAGCCGGCCCCAUCGGAGAUGUUACGGUAAACUCUGCCGGCACUCUGGCCGCUCGAGGCAUAUUGGAGUUGGAUGUGCGACGGAAAGGUCAACUUAAAAGUUUUACCAGGGAGGCAAGCGAAGAAAUGCUUGAAAGUCGGCAAAAAUCGGCUAAGUUCCUCCAUGACCUUUAAUGGAAGUUUGAAGAAAAGUUGGAUGACCCUCGGGAUCAUUACCGCCCAAGAGAGUCACCGUACCGGAAUUCCAGUCGCAUGACCUUUUGGGACCAUUAACCCAUAACGAGUCGCACAUCUCAACGGAUCAUCUCAAUAAAGGAUGACCUUUAUCAGGGAGGAAGCGAAUUACGCUUGUCUACAUGACGUCCCUCCAUGACCUUUAACGGAUCUCAUUUGAUACGCACCAUAUUCCAAAGAUGAAGCAGUAUUUCUAAGUCGUACUUGAUACGCACCUGAUUCUCAAAGCGGAUUGUGAUGUAAGUCGCACUACGGAUGCGCAAAAUUGCUCAAGCGAGCGGAAUGGACCAAAGUGCGGGAAACGGUGGACAGGACCUGUGACCUUUACGAGUCAGAAAUGGAGGAUCCUAGUCUACAUUUGAUUAAUACUUUUGUUGAUCUUAUAACUGUUGAUCUGUUUUUGUAUUAGAGUUGAUAUGGAAUAGUAUUUUGAUACAGAUCUCUUUAUUUUCACAUAGUGCAUUUGGAAUUGAUGUGAUAAAUGGAAUAAGAGAAUUUGAUGUUUUUGAGCACGCACAGACACCGGCAACCGUCUUUUCGUGGAUUCGGGAGUGUGUCCAGCCUCAACGGAGCUCGGCAUCCCCCCAGAGGCAUGUGAGACGAGGCUCACUAGCGUUCACGCCCGUGGCGCUAGGCGCUACGCCUUCGGAUUACGGUCUGUGACGUGUCUCGCUCUGAUUGGCUAGCUUGAGUUGUGUUAGUGGGCGCGGCUUAGCACGUGCUGCACAGUGUUACACACUGUUGAAUUGGUUCUACGAUUUACGAUCGAGCUGUGCCGAUCACUUGUUGAUUUCUGGUCUCCAGACUUUCAAUAUUA